AUGUCAGUGGACGCUCAGGGCCCUCCGAACGACCAAGAUGGUUGUGCGCCCCCAACCGACAAGAGCGCCGAACACGAGGCGGCAGAGCACGGGGAAGCACAGCACGACGUGACCACGCACGACGCGCCAACGGCAGAAAUUGAGGAAGUUCCACCCCCAAAGCCGCAGCCCAAGCUCUGCGGGAUCUGCGAGAAGCAAGAAGGAAAAUACAAAUGCCCUCGAUGUUCUAUUUCCUACUGCUCAGUCGCCUGCUUCCGCCCCCACAAGGAGAAUCACCCACCGGUCGAGCCCCAGCCCGCGCAAGCGCCCUCCAAACCAACCCAACAGGACACCAACGACGACAGCAGACCCAAUAAGCGCAAGGCCCACCCCUUCAACAUCCUAGACGACUCCCCCGAGCUGGCGCAGCUCUUCAAGAGGUACCCCAGCCUCCCAACGAAACUGACCAACAUCCACGUCGCGACGCUGCCGCCCGAGGAGGAGCAGCCCGGCCGCGGCGGCCUCCCCUGGAACCUGCAGCAGGCGCCUGGCUACCAGCAUAAGAAGCCGAGGUGGACGCACGACCUGGGCCUGCGCCGCGGCAAAGAGGCCCUGCGCAAGGCGAGGACUGACCCCGGCGAGGAUGGGGACGCCGUGAGGGAGUACUGCGAGCUGGUCCUGCACCUGCUGUCCAAGCAGGAGGCUACGGGUGCCGUCACCGACCUGGUGAGGGAGCAGGUCAUAAAACAAGAUGUGCAGCUCAUUGAGAAGCUGAUAGAGGCGGAGUCCAAGUGGACCUGA